AGAGUCAGCCAGAAAGCCUUAAUAAGCGAAAGGAGCUGUCAAUUGAAUUGUAAAGGUUUUGUUUCUCAAUUCCCUUAAAUCACAACGCGGGUAACCCAGGCGCUCCAGAGACAUGAACCUCAGCCGAUAUAUCUAUCCAGCAUGUUCCGCUCGCCAUAUUGCGACAAUCCUGGGAUUCCCAUCCAAGAUCUCCAUUGCUGCUGAGUACUACGAGAGCGCCUGCGAGGACAUUGCAAAACUUGCCGCUGCCAUCUCAACGUUCGAGCCUGUCCGGUUGUACGCUCAACCAGCAGAUGCGGUCAAAGCAAAGUCCACCGUCGACAAGGCGGUUAAACAGUCGAUUGGCAAUAUCUCCAACAUUACAAUUAUUCCAUUCCCGACCAACCAUCUCUGGGUCCGUGACACCGGCCCUGUCUAUGUGCGUGGGAAAGACGGAGCGAACCGUAGAUCCCGGUUUGCCAUCAACUUUGGCUUCAGGGAAUGGGGCCGACGGGAUGAGAUUGGCGGUGAUUCUUGCGCUGCCGACGGAAUUCAGUGGCCUAAGAUGAACCGUGCACAGCUCCAGGAAAACGCUGACUUUGCAAAAUGUGUGAUCGACUGGGAUGUAUCUCCCUCGCCGGUGGCACGGGUCGAUUCAAGGGUUUGUCUAGAGGGCGGCGCACUGGUGGUAGAUGGUGAAGGCACGCUCUUAGCUACGGAAAGCAGUAUUCUUAAUGACAAUCGCAACCACGGUCUCUCACGCGAGGAUAUUGAGACGGAACUCCGCCGCUUACUGGGAGUUGAGAAGAUCAUUUGGUUCCCUGGUAAGAAAGGACUCGAUUCCACUGAUGUUCAUGUCGACGCCGAGGUCAAUUUUAUUCGGCCUGGAGUAGUAGUUCUCUCACGGCCACAUCCCAGUGUUCCAAGGGCGUGGUGGCAGGUACAUGAGGAGAUUCGAGCUAUUCUGGAGCAGUCAACCGACGCCAAGGGUCGACCCUUUGAGAUCCAUAUCGUGGAUGAGCCAGACCCCAAAUGCCUGGAUCCGCUGUCAUAUGAGGACCCUGCGACGAACUACGUUAAUCUCUAUUUUGUCAAUGGGGGCUUGAUCGUUCCCCAGUUUGGAGAUGCGUUGCGGGACCAAGCAGCCGUGGGCCUGUGCCAGAGGCUAUGCCCGGACAGGGUAGUUCGACCAGUCCAUGUGCGUGGCCUUCCCUUGGCUGGGGGCGUUAUUCACUGCGCAACCCAGCAGGUGAUUGAUGUGGAUGUGGACUGAGGAUGGGGACCUCCUCUUCUUUUCCGUUUUGUCUUGUAUUGAUUAGAUAGAAGAUGAGAUAGACCAUCUCAAGAGGGAUGCGAGCACACUUGUCAACCAGCAUAAAAGCAAUUCUACGUAGAACAGCCUCACCACAUGACAGACGGCACUCCGAGGGUCUGCAAACUUUGAAAGCACUCUGCGGUCUGAAACAAGCACCUCAUAUCUCGUACCAGACCCUUACAAACUUCCUACGCAGCCUCUCUUCAACGUUGAUCUUGGUAUCUUAGUACGAAGCAGCAUGUACAUUGCAGUAUACGUUGACGGCCCUCAUGACCAUUAGACCAAGCAUCGCAGAGAUAAAGAAGAUCAAGCGGAGCCGUAGAAACCGUUUUCCGAUGACAGAUCUAGGACAGUGCAGCUACUUUCUCGGCAAGUCCAUUCAAACAAGUUCGACAAAAUAGAAUGCUCUAUCUAAGUCAAGAAACCUACAUUUACAAGAUCCCUCAUCAGUCCGGGAUGGAAGACACCUCGCCCAUCAGCACGCCGAUAGAAACUUCAUCUCUGCCAGAAAACAGACCAAAAUAUAUCUGUCCUUCGGAUCAAAGAAUUGAGUAACAAC